AAAAGACCUCAGCUCACUCUCUGACCAGUUAUCUCCACAUUCACAGCUGCCUUGCUCUGUAUUUGGCUCUGUUUGCGAGAACCUGCGAUUGUUUGCUCUGUCUGUUGAAUAUGUGAACACCGUUUCGCCGGCUCCCAUCGAUCCAGAAGAUCCAGUUUUGCCAACGUGUCGGAGGCCCAUUUGGUGGCAGGCCGUCGGUUUUCUUUCUCUCCAUUGGAUCGGCCGAAGGACUUCCUGUUUGUUUGAUCUGAGGGUUGAGAUUUGCUAUUCAGCAGUUUGGAUUUUCAGCCACGCAGUUGGCUUGACAUUGUUUGACCUUUGUGAAGAGAGGCCCGGUGGAUGGGAGGGAUCUGUUGAGAAAUCAUAUCUAUGAAGCUCGCAGUAUAGUAAAAACCAGAGAGCCCUCGGGCCUUCGGCUACAUGCUUAGACGUGCAUUUCUCUCCUUUUCUGAGUAGUUCCAGUUUGAUGAUGUGGAUAUUCAUUCUCCAGACAAAUAUCAUUCCUCUCACAUACGCCAUAAUCCUUUUACGCUCUCAAUUUUUAUAUCAUCCAUGAUCGCUUUUUUUUCAUCGAGCUGGACUGUUUGCUUGUGGUAAAGUUUGGCUGAGGAGGAAAUAAAGUCCGAAUCGGAAGUUGAUGGCAUGGAGGUGUCAAUGCCACCAAAAGCGGUCCCUGAUCUAGGACCAGCAGAGCAGACGUUGGCUGCUCAGAAGAGGAAAGCACCCAGUCCUCCACAUUCCUCCAAUGGACACUCUCCCUCCGACACUUCACCUAGUCCCUCAAAGAAGAAGAAGAAACCAGGAAUGAUCAACAACAGUAAAGACCAAUGUGAGCUUAGACAUGGUCCCUUUUACUAUGUCAAGCAGCCCGCACUCACCACAGACCCUGUUGAUGUUGUACCGCAGGACGGGCGGAACGAUUUCUACUGCUGGCUGUGUCACCGCGAGGGCCAGGUGCUCUGCUGUGAGCUCUGCCCACGCGUCUACCACGCCAAGUGCCUAAAACUGGCCGCAGAGCCUGAGGGCGACUGGUUCUGUCCAGAAUGUGAGAAAAUAACAGUGGCUGAAUGCAUAGAGACUCAGAGUAAAGCUAUGACCAUGCUCAACCUGGAGCAACUGUCUUACCUGCUCAAGUUCGCUCUUCAGAAGAUGAAACAGCCAGGGACCGAGCCGUUUCAGAAGCCUGUGUCCCUGGAACAGCACCCAGAUUAUGCAGAGUAUAUAUUUCACCCUAUGGACCUCUGCACGUUAGAGAAGAACUUCAAAAAGAAGAUGUACGGUUGCACGGAAGCAUUCUUGGCCGACGUGAAAUGGAUUCUACACAACUGUAUCAUUUAUAAUGGAGGGAACCACAAGCUUACCGCAACUGCUAAAGUUAUUGUCAAGAUAUGUGAACAUGAGAUGAAUGAAAUUGAAGUUUGUCCAGAGUGCUACCUGUCUGCCUGUCAGAAGAGAGACAACUGGUUCUGUGAACCUUGUUCUCAGCCCCAUCCUUUAGUGUGGGCCAAGUUAAAAGGUUUUCCCUUCUGGCCCGCUAAAGCCCUGAGGGAUAAAGAAGGUCAGGUGGAUGCACGGUUCUUCGGCCAACAUGACAGAGCCUGGGUACCCCUAAACAACUGUUACCUCAUGUCUAAAGAGAUCCCGUUCUCUGUCAAGAAGACCAAAAGUAUCUUCAACAGCGCCAUGCAGGAAAUGGAGGUCUACGUGGAAAACGUGCGCAAGAAAUACGGCGUGUUCAAUUACGCCCCCUUCCGGACUCCUUACACACCCAGCAACCAGUUCCAGAUGUUGCAGGACCCUAGUAACCCCAAAAAAGGCCCGGUUAAACCUGAGAAACAGGAGAAAGUCAAGUUUAGCUUUGAUAUGACCGCCUCUCCCAAGAUGCACCUGGGUAAGACAGUGGUGUCAGGAGGAGGGGCGGGGCGGCGGAUCUCUGUGACGGACAUGCCUAGAUCUCCAAUGAGCACCAACUCUUCGGUCCACACGGGGUCAGACCUGGAGCAGGACGAACGAGGGGGGAGAGUUCCGUCGAGUCACUAUAGCGCCGGUGAAGACUCAAUGGAUUACACAGCUUCCCCUGCGUCUCUGAAAACAAGCGGCAGCCCCAAGCCUUCACUACCCACACCGGUUAAACAGGAACGGAGUUCGGGGACCGGGGGUAUCCUCAACCUCAACCUGGAUCGUGUUAAGGCUGAAAUGGACCUGAAGGAGCUCAGUGAGACUGUACAACAACAACAGCAGCAAGGAACCUCAGUGCUCCUCACAUCUCCCAAAAAAACAACCAGGAGUUUGGAUAAAACCAUAGAGAGCUGCAAAGCUCAGCUUGGAAUUGAUGAAAUCUCAGAUGACGUGUACCGCCGUGUGGAGCACAGCGACUCGGACGAGUCUGACAAAUCUGACUCCAGCGACAGUGAAUACAUGUCCGAUGAUGAACAGAAGCCUAAGAACACUAACAACAGCAAUAGUGUCCACAAUGCCUCCAAAAAGAUGCCGAGACUUCCAUCCGCUCAGGGACAAGACCAAGACGCUGCCCCUUCAGCCGGUGGAGGAACGGCAGCCGGGGACAAGAAAUCCUCAGAACUCCAAACCAAAGAGAAGACAAGUGGUGGCGCGGAGAAAGAUCCUCCUGAGAAGAACAAGCCCCCACCGCAGACGCCAAGGGAAGAGGGAAGAACAGCUGGACCUCACCUGGAUAUGGACUCGGACUCCGAACGGGAAUUAGUGAUAGACCUUGGUGAGGAAGCAGGAGGAAGAGAAAAGAGGAAAGCCAAGAGAGAUACCGCAUCGGUACCCAUCCUCACACCUAAAGACCAAACCGCCGCUAAAACCGAAGGUAAAGCUCCUGCGUCAACCAGUGUAUCAGCUUCUCCAUCCACAGAUAGCAUCUCGCCUUCCUCCAAUUCCGGUCCCAAAGACACGUCCACGCCAGCCAUCAAGUCUCCAGCCCCCGUCACGGCCGUAUCCACCGUUCCAGCCACCACGACCUCAGGUUCUCAACCUGUUCCUGCAGCCCCAACCGGCUCUAAUGCGGUGAAGAAACAGCGCCCUCUGCUGCCCAAGGAGAGCACGCAGGCGGCUCAACGGCCUGCCGUGUGGAACCAGGCUGGUGGUAAAUUCCAGACGUCUUCACAGAAGUGGCACAUGCAGAAGGUUCAGAGGCAACAGCAGCAGGGUGGGCAGGUUUCUCCGACGCCAGUGCCGAGCCAAUCACCAUCGCAGACAGGAGGGAACAACUCCAGCACUCACUACCAGACCAGGCAGUCUGUCAAGGCUGUUCAACAGAAAGACGCACCCCCUGUUAAUGCUGCAGCUGGUUCCUCCACCUCCAGUUUGGCUGUAGAUUUCCUCACCCCUCCUGCAUCCGCAGAUGUGGCCGCUGACAUCGCCAAAUACACCACGAAGAUGAUGGACGUGAUCAAGGGAACAAUGACAGAGAUUUACAACGAUCUUUCCAAGAGCACAACGGGAAACACCAUUGCAGAGCAGAUUCGGCGGUUGAGGAUUGAGAUUGAGAAAUUGCAGUGGCUACAUCAGCAGGAGCUGUCAGAGAUGAAACAUAAUCUAGAGCUGACCAUGGCUGAGAUGAGACAGAGUUUGGAGCAGGAGAGAGAGAGGCUGGUUUCCGAGGUGAAGAAACAGAUGGAGGUGGAGAAACAGCAGGCGGUGGAUGAGACCAAGAAGAAGCAGUGGUGUGCCAACUGCAAGAAAGAGGCCAUUUUCUACUGCUGCUGGAACACAAGUUACUGUGAUUACCCCUGCCAGCAGGCCCACUGGCCCGAACAUAUGAAAUCCUGCACCCAGUCAGCCACAGCUUCUCAGCAAGAGACCGAAGCAGGAGCUUCUUCGGACCCAAUGGGAAAACCUGUAGGACACUCGCCUAAAACUCAACCAAUGCCAGCAGGUGACCGAACAACGCCCCCGAACCGAGGACCCUCCCCUUCAACAGACAACACUAAAGGCAGCUCCUCUGUUGCUGUCUCAUAACCAGAGUUGUUCCUGGAUUUACAUCUUUAUCAUCAAAAUGGUUCCAAAUAAUAGAAGAAUCAGACGCUGCCACCACAUGACAUCGACUCGCUUUAAAGACAGUUUUCUUUGUAAAUUGUGGUACGGACACAAUGUGGUCACACUUCCUGUUCACUACAUCACAGACAACAUUAGGAGAAACGCCUAUAAACUUUCGAUUCAUUUCUACGUACGCUGUCGUUUCAUAUUUGAAUUUGUGACUUGUAUAGUACAAAGAGAGACGCCAUUUGAUAUGAAAUAUGCAACUGUUAUACUGUUGAGCUUUUUUUUAUACAUAUCAACUUUUGUAAACUUCCCAAAACAAACAAAUGUGUUUGAUCGAUUGUUUUUUGUCUUAAUGUGAAAGAUGCACUUAGAAGUGCCUCUGGAGGGGUGGGUUUACUUUGUGUAACUCAAAUGAAGAGCGUGUUUGUACAAGGUCAAAAUCUUUUACGAAAUGUGAUUGUAACCACUUGUGGAUUGUCACUACAUACUUGGACUUAUUAGAAAGAUCUAUACUCUGCAAAUCUUUCAUCCAUGAAAGGCUUCUCGAUUCAAAACGUUAUAAAACAAACAAAAAAUCUAGAAGAGUAAAGGAAAAGAUUAUACUUA